GAGACCUUUCAAAUGAGCCAUGGCUUAUGUCUUAACAAUUUUUCCUUGCAGAUAUAGACCAAAAAGAUGGAUUUGAAUUUAGCACAUUUUCCCUUAUGAGCACAUUUUUGGCCCUGUAGCCCAAUUUAAAUUUUUGUGAUAAGACCGGUUUGGCGAGGCUCAAUUAUGACAUAUGAAACCCCUAAUAAAAUAUUGGAACACCAAUUUAAGUCCUACUAUCCCAUAGGGGUGCACAUAAACUGAACAGGCUUUAAAUUGCACUUCUGCUCUCUUGCUGAUGGGACAAUGGUUAGCUGUGGAAGAUCAAGCUUAUGACUGUAGAUGUAAAACUUGAAGAUAUGUGGUCAUCCACAGCAUAAGUUUCGCGUAUUGUUUUCAAAAUACACAUACUCUCCAUACUUGGUAAGUGUACUUUAAGAUUAAUGCUCAAAAUGACAAAUCAUCUCCAAUAGAAGUAAGCUAGAUAAUGUACACAAUGUAUGCUUUCAGUGUUUGCUAUCUUUAUCAAACCCUGCUAUUUCCAGUGUACAGGCCCAGCAGUCCUGACUUUUUUUCAGAAUAAUCCUUAGUUUUGUUAAACGGAUUCCCCGUUGUUAAUUCUACUGAAUUUGUCAUUUCUGCUUUAAAUCUUUAAUAAGUCAUUAAUCAUAUUUGAUCAGUUAUGUCAUUUCUUUUUCAAAGAAUAAAAAGUAGAUAAGUAAGGGAAACAUUGGCAUGUUUUCAGUAUUUUACACUAUUCAUUCUUAUUGCUUAAAGCUUAAGUUUUGAGUAGGCUUGUCUGGGAUUGUUUCUUGAUUUCUCUUCUAGUUUGUUUUUCAUUAUUCCAGAUGAUUUCAUGAAGGUUUCCAUGAGGGAUACUGGAGAUAAUAUAGAAGUAAACAAUUAUGAAGCAAGUGAAAAUAAUGCAGAGGACUUGUCACAGAGUUCAGAGAUUCCAUUAGUUCCACUAUCAGUAUCAGCUUUGGAAACUGAAGUUGAUAGUGAAUCUGGGCAACUGCAAGAUAUAACAAGCGAUGAAGAGAGCAACUUUGAUGUUAGUAACAGCUUAUCGCCACAGAUCUUCAAACCUCCAUUGAAUACAACCACCCCAUCCAAAAGUGAAUACAUACAGAAUUUGGAAAACAAGCAGGCUGAAGAAAAUGUUCAAGAUUUGUCCCAGAUUUUAAAAAAUGAAAUACAUGGUGCAGCAUUUGAUGAUGGAAGUCAAUUUGGCCAGUCCACUGAGGAAUUUCUGGGCAAUGAUGAUGCAGUUGUCUGUGUACCUGGGAAGAUAUCUGAACCUGUUGUCAAAUCACUCCAUGAGAAGGAAUGUGAACCAAUGGAGGAAACCAAUUCUGAACUGGGAAUUGAAAAUAGAGAGUUUCUCCCAAGACCCAAUAAUGGACAGUAUGCAAUUUGUACCCCUGAGAAUGUAAACUACGCUCAGGACUUGACAACCUAUGCUUCGAAUCAUGACUCAGAUGUCAGGUCACAUACAAUAGGGUGCAUGGCCAAUAACUAUCAUGAUGAGAAAAACAGAUCAGACUGGGUACCCAAGAAGAAUAAACCUAAGAGAAACCGAGCAUCCACAACAGGAAAGCCCUUGUUACAAUCUGCAGUCCCAGUGGAACAUCAAAGCAACCUCAUAUAUGGAUAUCCAGAAAAUGGAUUCAAUUAUUCUAAAGAAGCAAGUGUCAAAAUAGAAAAAAAUAAUGUCCUCAACCAAGCAGGUGAAUUCCACUCUGAUAUAAGGUUACAUGAUGCAGAGAAAAAUGAAGCAGGUUUCAUACAGACAGCUCAUCCAGUAUUUAAUCAACCCCAGGACCUCACCAUUCACAGAAUCCCCGAUGAUGUAAAGAUGAAAGAGGAUUUAUUCCAGACAGCAAGUCCAGUAAUACUUAGCCAGGAUCUUACAAUGUCCAGUCCAGAAAUUGAAGUUGAGCAGAACCCAAACACAACAAUGCUAGAAAGCUAUGUCAUUGAGUCUGAACCUAAAGGUCUAUGUGUGAUUUUCAACAAUCAUGUGUUCCAUCAUCUGCAAGAAGAUAAAGACAGUGUCAAACUAACUAACAGAAAGGGAAGCAAUGAGGAUAAGGAACGACUGAUUAAAGUCUUUUCUCAAUUGGGAUUUGAAAUACACCUAAAGGAAAAUCUUACAGCUAAUGAGAUGUUGAACAGAGCUAACUAUUAUGCACGUUCUUACAAAGAAUUUCACAAGAAGUCUGAUGCAUUUGUUUUGUGUAUAUUAUCACAUGGGGAAGGGGAUUGUGUUUUUGGCUCUGAUGGCAAGAAGGUACCACUUCAUGACAAUACAGAAGGAUGUUUGGCCUACUACUUCAAGGGUGCAAACUGUCCUGCAUUAAUAGGGAAGCCAAAAAUGAUGUUUAUUCAAGCAUGCAGGGGUCCUCAAGAAGGAAUAGCCGUCAAACCUCACUCGUACCAAGAAAGGCAAACUCUUAAACCUUGCUCACAUGCCAUCCAGACAGAUGGAGAUAUCCCAUCUUCUCAAGGCACUACAAGAAUACAAACACUUCCAGAUGAAGCCGAUUGGGUCAUAGGUCAAGCAACAUCAAUCGGUCAUGCAUCAUUUAGAAAUGAGGAAACAGGCUCAUGGUAUAUCACAAAAUUGUGUUCAAAUUUACAUCGAUACCAUGGAAGGAAGUAUGACCUUCUGAAAAUUUUGACAAGAGUUAAUCUGGACUUAUCAAAGGCUGAAGCUGACUGCACAGAUAAAAAUAAGAAAACAUUUAUUGCAAAACAACAACCAGCUCCAUAUUUCACAACAAACAAGAAUAUUUACCUUACAUGUACUAACACUAAAUGCCAAAGAUGUUUCAAUCAACCAAAUGGUAAAACUUGAAAUUGGAAACAACAAAUAUGUUGAUACUUGGAUGUUUAUAUUGAUACGAUUCAUAUAUUUCAAUCUCUAGAGUCUCUAUCCUGAUUGGUCAAUGCAUAGUCACAUACCACAAAAUAGAAUCACUAUUUCCCGUUUAAAGUUAUAUUUCCUCAAAAAAUGAGAAGUGGAAUAUACAUUUGAACUAUUGCCUGCUGACAUCACAAUUGCAACUUUUAUUACCCUUGGGAACGUCUGCGCAUCGUCAAUGUGCACACGACAAACAGAAAAAUGGAGAAAACACACAAACAUAAAUCAACUCGUUUCACCAUGACAGAUGUGUGUAAAAGAUGCAAUUAUGGCAGCUUGGAUUCUGUGUAAUUUCAAGUGUUAUGUUGAUUUAUCUCACGUGUAAAACACAAUUGACUUUGCCAAGUGAGAGUCUCAGAAAUUUCAAACGAAAAAAUUUCUGUUGAGUGUUAUUAUGUUGAGGAUAUUAUGACUUCCCGGCUUUUAAUUCUAACAAUGGACUUGGGGGCUUGCUUUCUAGCUGAAAUGAGGUUGAUUUGAAGAGCCUCUUGUCAUCAGCAGAUUCAUAAAGCACCAAAAAAUGUGAUAAAGGGAUAAG